GGCGCUUCCGGCGGCCGCCGAGGGAGGGACGGCCCGGCCGGAGCCGCGUGUGAGCAGCGCCGAGGCUGUGGGUGCCCGCCCGCCCGCCGGCCCCGGCCUGCCCGCCCGGCGCCCCCCGCCCGCAGGAUGUUCAAGAAAUUUGAUGAAAAGGAGAAUGUAUCAAACUGUAUCCAGCUGAAGACUUCAGUUAUUAAAGGUAUAAAGAAUCAACUGAUUGACCAGUUUCCUGUUAUUGAACCAUGGCUAAACCAAAUCAUGCCAAAGAAAGAUCCAGUCAAAAUAGUAAGAUGUCAUGAACAUAUAGAAAUCCUCACUGUGAAUGGGGAAUUGCUGUUCUUCAGGCAAAGAGAAGGCAUUUUUUACCCAACGCUAAGGUUGCUUCAUAAAUACCCAUUUAUUCUCCCGCAUCAGCAGGUUGAUAAAGGUGCCAUUAAAUUUGUCCUGAGUGGAGCUAAUAUAAUGUGCCCUGGCCUGACGUCUCCUGGAGCAAAGCUUUACCCUGCUGCUGUUGACACUGUCGUUGCAAUAAUGGCAGAGGGAAAACAACAUGCAUUAUGUGUGGGAGUAAUGAAGAUGUCAGCUGAGGACAUUGAGAAAGUCAACAAAGGGAUUGGUAUUGAAAAUAUCCACUAUUUAAACGAUGGCCUUUGGCACAUGAAGACAUACAAGUGAAACAACAGGAACUGUUACUCCAAAGGAAUGCACUUAGAUUAAAUGUGGACUGCUUUGUAAUUCCUUGUUUUUAAUGUGACUGAAUGUACAAAUUAUUUUGUUCUGUGGCUAUGCUAAAUAAAUCAAUUGAAUGCAAAAGUACUGUUAGGCUACAAUAGUUUUCUAGAUUUCUUUUUAUUACAGUUAUUUUGUUCUGUCUUAAACCUGAGUCUUCAGUGACUGAAGAUAUUUGAUGAGAUUCUGCAUGGACUGUAAGUAGACUAUUUCAAAUAGAAAGGAGGAAAAACCCAAGAAAUGUUUACAUUUUUGUGCUCUUCUAAAAGACUAAUAUAAAGUGUGUGUGAAAUAUAAAUAUAGUUUAUAAAACCUCAGAAGCAUUUCAGAUUUUUUCUUCUGAUUGACAUUCUGUUAGUCUACCUAGUUUCUUGAAUGUGGAGAAAUCAGGUUUUUUGACAUUUUUUAACUUAUUAAGAGCAUUAAUUUCAUUUUACUUAAGGAUUUUCUCUUUUUAAUAUGCAUUUAUCUGUAUAGGAUUUAUGAACUCAGACUGAUAUGUGGAUUAGAAAUUCUUUUAUGGUGGCUCAUACCUGAAGACUCUGUGUAUGUUCAGAUUUCUACCUGCCAACACUUUGAUACUGCUCUCCUUCUAGUGGAGUUUGUAGUCAUGGUGGCCACGCUCUGAGUGAAGUGUGUGCCACCCUGGUGCCUGAUGCUCUCUACUCCCUAUGUGCUGCCUUAUUUUAGGAGCAGAAACAAAAUCACUGUUAAAUAAAGGCAUGACAGCAAAACAUGUUUUUCAGUGUAGCCAGGAGAAACUUUUUCAGGUGGAACUCAGCUUGUGCGCACUGCCACAUAUCCCCCGCUACAGAAUGGAUUCAGGAGCACUGUGUGUCUGUCUGGAUAACCCAGUCUUUUGUUCAGCAUACCCAAAGCUAUGCCUAUGGAAAAAUGAAAUACUGUAAUAAAUUAAGGAAACCUUUAA